AUGUACAAAGAACAGCAUUACUCGCAAGCAUUCGCGGAUUUUACACAAGCACUCAUCGCAGACGGUUUAGCAAAGAUCGAAGUCUACGGUAGCAGGGCGCAUCGAGACCAUAACAACCACGAGACCACUAGCGAAUCUUCGCACCCUACAGCUAGAAUACAUCGAACCACACUACUCAAACCGACUGUUCAUGUACUUCGACUACACUCGGCCACUGAUCUUCCUACCCCAGCUAGAGACAGUAGGUCUAAAGGGGAUAUGAACGAUAACGUUAACGUACCCGCCGGCAUCGAACCUCGAGGCGCCAGGGGCAGCACGGGAGACGCGUUUCUCAGGCUACCCGCCCACGGCACUCGUCUGCAGCGACGCCACCUACAUCUCGACGGCUACAUCAACCCCGGCGACGGCGUCGAGGACUUCCUACGCCAGUUUCCCAACCUCGAGACGCUGGACCUACGCGGCGUGCACCCCAGCACCAGCACUGCGGCAGUCGCAGACUUCAGCCGCCUCGGCCACGCGCUUCGCAAGAACGGCGCCAACGUACGCCGGCUGGCCAUCGAUCCGCGGUACUGGGAUUUCCAUGGAUUGGGCCUAGACCCGAGCGGCUCCCGCGUAGGCGGCCAGCUCGGCUCCCUCCGAGCUAGAGGAGCUGCGGGUACCGAUGUCGCGGCUAGUGGAAGCGCGCGUACACACGUGGUUUGCUACCCCGGAGGUACGGCGAGAACUCGAGAUGUGGUUGCCUCGCAAGAUACGCCUAUUCCAGACACACCUUCUUGA